CUCGCACGUCAGACGUGUCGGAACCCUCAUCGACAACCAUCAGCGGCGGCGUCGGUAUCGGACGAGCCAUCAUGGACCUGCUGAAGUCGAUUCUUGGCUUUGAUGAAUGGACGGGCAAGCCGCAUGCGUUCUUCUCUGUACAUACUCUCGUCGUCGUCGGGGCCGUGGCGGCACUGAUGCUGGCAGACGUUGGCGAGCGGUUCACGUUCAAGCUCAUGGUUGACCGCAUGGAAUCGUAUCGAUACUUUCUGGCGCAGAUCACGACAUUCUUGUACAUUCCACCUAUGUUUUGCAUCGUCGGGUACAAAGCGACGCAAACUGACUUUAUUGACGAAGAAGUGAACGAGUUCCCCAAGUACAAGUUCUUCAUAAUGGCCGUGCUCGACCUGUUGCACGCCAUGCUCCUGUUCAUCCCCGCGGGCAACACGCCGCCUGCACUCACCGUGAUAUUUGUUCAAGCGACCGUUCCGUUCUCCAUGCUGUUUGGUUACCUCUUUCACAGCUACCAGUACUCGCGCAUGCAGAUCGUGGGCGGCAUUCUCAUGACGAGUGGGCUCAUGCUCGGGAUCCUCCCGCUUCUUCUCCUCCUGGCCAGCGACGUCUUUGAAGAAGCCGAGAUGGGGUGGCAUUCACUGUGCUACCUCCUCGCGGCCAUUCCAGGUGCCCUCUCGAUGCUGUACAAGGAGCAGGCACUAGCGCCGCAACCCAUGGACGUGUACUACCUCAACGCAUGGGUUGCCGUCUACCAGUUCAUCGGAGGCUUUCUGCUGGCUCCACUCAUUUUCGACAUUCCGACACUGCACUUGGACCAGCGCAUCUCAGGACUCGAGUGUCUUGUGAAUGGCUCAUCGGAAGUGCGCACGGACAAAUGCCACAUGGGGCUCGCCCUUCUCGCCGCCUUCCUGGCGUGCAAAGUGGGCUUGUUUUACGGCGUGGGGUACGUCAUGAACCACACGAGCCCGGGCGUGCUGUACACUGCAUUCACCCUUGCGUUUCCGCUGGGCUUUUUUGUCCUCGACACGUACCAGUCGUCUGGACAAGCCGACGACAGUGACGUGACGACGGCAAGGUGGAUGGACUAUUUGUCGUUCAUGGUGGUUUUUCUCGGGCUUGUGGUGUUUCGAAUGACGCCGGAGCCAAGUACGGAAGCCACGACCCGAAGCGCGGCCGAAAAGGAAGCGGUGUCCCUGCUCGACGAGACAAGCGACAACGGGCUGCGGUACAUGGCAUGAAUGAAACACCA